AUGUUUCCUGCAUACAAUAACUCGACAAUAAGAAAAAUUCGGUCUAGACGUCAAAAAUCAAAAUUAAGACAACAUCAUUCAAUACAAUCAACAAAACUUAAUCAACAAAUAAAAAUAAAUUCAUCUUUAAUUAAUCGUUUUUAUGAUAUAUUAAAUAAUCUAAAAAUUUCUUGGUCACAUUUUUUAUCAUAUACAAUUACAGAACUCGAACCUAUUUGUCAACAAAUAGCUAUACAACAAAUGUCAUCAACAACAUCAAUUACAGAAUUUUGUCCAUUAAUUUGUAUAUUUUGUCAAAAUUUAAUCUAUGAACCAAUAACACUUUAUUGUGGUCAUACAUAUUGUAAUCAAUGUAUAAAAGAUGAACAAUUAUCAUCAAAUAUAAAUUGUCCACGAUGUCCACAUGACAUUCAAGGACAAAUACAAUCAUCUAUAAUACAUGCACGAGAACAAUCUUAUAAAAAAAAUCGUCUUCUUAAAGAAUUAUUUGAACAUUCAGAAAAAUUAAAAAUAAAAUGUGAAACAAUUUUAUUAUGUCAAAAAGGACAAAUAGAAUAUUCACAUGGAAAUUAUCAACAAGCAAUAGAUAUUUAUUCACAGAUAAUUGAUCAAUAUGAUAAUAAUGAUCAUCUUGCAUUAUAUCAUCGUGCUAAAGCAUAUUCAGCUUUACAAAAUUAUGAUCAAGGUCUUAUGGAUGCAACACGUGUUAUUACACUUAAACCUCGAUGGAUAAAAGGUUAUUUAUGUCAAAGUGAAAUACUUUUUGAAAUGAGACAUUAUUCAGCUGCACUUAUGGCAUCUUUAAAAGCACUUGUAAUUGAUCCAGAAGAUCAAAUUGGAAAACAAAUAAUGGCUCGACAUCUUCAUGCAGUAUUACAUAACAAUGAUGAUAGAGAAACUGUAGCAACAAUGGACUCAGAAUUAGAACAAUUUAAUAUAGCUUCAUUGUCUAAUGAUGGUAGCAUGGAAAUAACAACUUCGGAUAACAUUCCAUUAACGAUGUGUAAAUCAAUGCAAUCAUCAAAUUCUUGUUUUUGUUUACAAUUCGAUGGUAAAAAAUUUCCUUUAACAGAUUUUGAAUGUCCUAUAUGUUGCAAUUUACUAUGGUUUCCAAUAACAACACCAUGUGGUCAUGUAUUUUGUCGUGAAUGUGUAAUUCGUUCUGUUGAUAAUACUCAAGCACAAUGUCCUAUAUGUAAAAGCUCAUUACAAAAUUUUUUUCCAAUGUUAAUUCAAUCACAUGUAAAUAAAACUGAAAUUAUUGCAAAAAUAAUCGAAAGUUAUUUUCCAACUGAAUUUAAUGAACGACGACAAUUAUAUGAACAAGAAAAUAUCCGAGGUGCUUCAAUUCCACGAACAUUAAUAAAUGAUACAAAUAAUUCUGCAUCAAUUAUUUUUGAAAUUCCAAUAUUUGUGUGUGUUUUAGCAUUACCUCAUUGUGCAUGUCCAUUACAUGUAUUUGAACCACGUUAUCGUUUAAUGAUGAGACGAACAAUUGAAACUGAAUCACGUACAUUUGGAAUGUGUACAUAUGAUGAACAAACAGGAGCAUUUGCUGAUUACGGUACAUUAUUAUAUAUUCGUGGACUUGUUUAUACACAAGAUGGUCGUUCAAUAGUUGAUACAAUUGGACAACGACGUUUUCGUGUUAUUGAACGUGGAAUGAGAGAUGGAUAUAAUACAGCUAGAGUUGAAGUUAUACGAGAUCAUCCAAUAGAACAACAUGAAUUUGAUGAUUUAUUUCAAUUUAAUCGAGAUACUUUUAAUCGUGCUCGCAAUUGGUUUGAUCAUCUUGAUCCAUAUAGAAAAACAUUGAUAAUUCGUCAAUUAGAAGGAUAUCCACCAUGUGAUGAUUUAACAGAAGGAUCAACUGAUGGACCUAGUUGGGCUUGGAUUAUGUUAAAUUUAUUGCCGAUUGAAGAACUUCUUCAAUAUACUGCACUUGCUUCUCAAUCAUUUCGCAUUCGUAUACAAAUGAUUAAUGAUGCUAUUGAUUUUCUACUGAAUCAACAGCAACCACAACAACAGCAACAAACAACAGCUAUAUCAAAUAAUCAACAAUAG